AUGACGGGUGAUAUUUUUCAGUAUCCCAAGUGGGAUACAAGUUUUAAAGGCAUGACAGUGGCCGCACGUUCGCUACUUCGAAAAUAUACUAGGAGUGAUCAAGUUUACAAUGUACGUCGUGUAGAAAUUCUUGGUCCAGAUUUAGCCGCUGCUCAUUUUUUUACGAAAAGAGGUGGAAUUGUUAAAUUUAUCGGUGAAAAUAUGGUUUUUGAUAAAACACUAUACAAAAGCUUACCUACGAGCAGGGAUCCAUCCUUUCAUUUAGAAGCUAUCAGCUUACCCAAUUUCGACCUCUAUUACGAAGGAUUAGAAAAUUUAAGAAAUUUGCAUCAUUUGAAAGCGAUUAGUUUUCGAGGAGUUGAACAAUUCAAUAAUUGGUAUUUGGAUCGUUUGAGUUGUCUUGUACCUACUUUAGAAUAUUUGGAUAUCAGUUAUUGUAACCGAGUAGAUUUCAAUGGGUUACAUUGUUUGUAUCGUUUAAGAAAUCUCAAAUGCUUAAACGUAGAAGGUGUUUCUGAUUCUUUGCCAUUUCGAGUGAAUUGUUUAACAUUAGAGUCUGAAAAACCAGAUUUAGUCGUAGUAGGUCUCAUAACUCGUCCUAAAGUUAAAAGUGCUUUUGAUGAUGAAUGA